CCGCGAUUUUUCAUCUCGCGGAACCGUGAAUUUCCGGGGCACGCGACCGGCACCCGGAGCGCCCGACCGUCGCGCCGUCCUCCCCAACCGGCUCCGGGGGCCGAGAAGAAGCGGCUCUCGGAGGCGCCUGCCGUCCAUCAGUGAAUACCCAGCUUUCGGCAAGUGAUAUGUGCGUUGAUCUAGAGAUGCGCGUCUUUUUGCAUUAGAUUCGCACGGUGUUCAUUGUGUUUCUACGAGAUGGGAUACUUUCGUACGUUUGGAUCCGUCGUCGUCUAUCUAUUGAUUCACUCAAUCACCGAUGUAAGCUGCAUCGCAUCGAAAAGAGACGUAGAGGACCACGUGAGAAUUUCAAGGACACAAGCGGAAGAACCCGCCUUAGUCGACUGGGAGGUGGGACUUCGUGAGGCGACCCAUCAAGCCUUAUUACGCGACGGUUAUGGUAACCCUUCUUUGCGCGGCUACUUACAAAGCGCACCAUUCUCUGGAAAGCAGACGGUCAAAGUCUUCGGGGAUAUUGCUAUCUUGGCCAGGGGUCAACUCUAUGCCACCCCUGUCGGGUUCAGUUUCGUACAGGACCCCUACCAUAACGAUUGCGACGAGUGUCACAACGAGAGAAAAUGCAGGGGUGACAAGUGCGACCACUACGUGCCCUACGGUGCCCAACAACUCAUAGCUUUGUGGACUGUCAAGAGGAUAAGGCACAGAGAUAUAAAUUUCGGGUACAGAUACGAGGUUGAGUACACAAUUUCCCCAGUGGAUAAGGCACUAAAAGAUGGUUUCAUCACGAAAAAUGGAAAAUUUGACUAUGGCAUACCCGGCCAUGUCUUCGUCAUCAGGAGCAAUCCGAGAUACGUCAACGGAUACGAGCAUAACGAGUUUUACUCCAGCCCAGAUCAAGUCAAAUGGCACAGACAGUAUGUUCCAAGACCACAGCACGAAAUCUACCCGAAAAUAUUGAUAACACACCGUGAAAAACCCCCGCUGACAAACCCCCACCCAAGUCUGCAACCUUCAAGCUUCCCAGAUGAAUCAAAUUCACACAAUAAUAAUUUGAAAGAAAUUCAACUUUACAGAAAACUGAUCAAUUCUUUAUCUGCCAAGACUAGCACUACAGGUCAUAGAUUCAAGAUAGACGCCAUCAGUACACCACCAAUAAACAGAAUGACACCAUCAUCAUCGCCCACCACAUAUCAAAUAACAGGUAGUCCGCCGAGAACCACUUUGGUACAGUUGCCCACGGGUCAAAUAGUACCAGUUACAGAAGUUACAACAUCGAGGACACCAGACGGACAAUUACAAAUUCUGACGCCGGUUCAGGUUGGAGCAGUCCAAAAUGGAGAUGUACAAACAAGCCGAGUGCACUUUGUGCCCUCAUCACCCAUAACAGUAACCGAAGUGACGAAGUAUCAUACAGAAGCUAGCAUUCCUAAUCAAAUACCAUCGACCAAGAUACCAAUAUUCAUCAUGAAAGAACUGAUACCGCCACCAACGCCGUCGGUUAGGACAGAGGUGGUCAAAGAUAUGGGUUCGACGAAGCUUCCUAAAAAGACGACUAUACACUUUUUUGCCGCUGAAGAUAUUGAUAAAUCUGCGCAGGAAGAGAAAGAUGUCGGUGAUAUAUUCACCAUAACCAGCAGGAAAUAUGCGAGUCGCAAAGAGUCCACGAAACCAUCGCCUCAAAGGACAACAAAGACUUAUGACGAUGAGGACGAAGAUGACUUCAACUUGUUCCCUGCGGUGAAACCUACAGAAGCUAUGAGAAAAGCGACAGAUAUUCCAUUCAGGGAAACAUCACCUAUUGACAACCAGAUAUCUCGCCCUUAUAAAGAAACUGCAACAACUCAAUCCCUUUCAUCCAAUCCUCAGUUAAAGAAAGAGCAAGAACCAACCUUCUACAGAAGAACCACUACCCCUAUGUCCUAUUUAUCAACGACUGAAACACCCAUAACUUAUGGAACUCAGAAAACUACUAUAACAUUACCAAUGCCAGGAACAUUCGAUCAACAAACCACUGCUUAUGGAAUACAAACAACUCCAUACCAAAGGAAUACGGAAAGUACUGCAAGUUAUACCUAUAAUAUUCAAAGUACUCCAGAACCUAACGAAACAAUAAUCACGGUUACUCCAGUUCCCACAAUACCUGUAGGACAUAGUUCUCUGGAUGAAUCUACCUCUUAUGAAUAUACACAAGGAAGGUUUACUACACCGAGGCUUAGCGAAUAUACUACUGGAACAAGAGAAAUACCAACAGACAACGUUCUGACAAGAACUACUUUAGUAUUUCCUAGCACAUCGAGAGAUACAACCUUUGGCGUUACCGAUACAGCAUCAACACAACAUACGGAUUACGGCGGAACUACAAAUUCUCAAACAUACACAGAAUCACCAUCGACAACCGAAAUCAGGUUCAACCAACCUUCAACCAACACCAUAGUAACAUAUUUCGGCCCACAAACUACGGAGUUUCAUAAUUUUGCUUAUCCACCAACUGAAACAGUCCCAGUCCCAUCCACCACAAGUCCUACAACUGAAAUGACUACACCGACAUUCGAAUCAUCCAAAGCAACAAGAUUAGCUACCACCAAGAUGAAAACAACAACACCUAAAAGCAGUGAAAAUGACUUCUUAGUGGAGGAGAUAUCCGAUGAAGAUGAUUCUGUACAAAUAAGCAGAAACAAGAGUAAAUUUGAGGAUUAUACAGAUGAUGAUAUUUUCGGGCCAGCAAAACCAAAGCAAAGCGGGAAAAAGUUUAGUAAUUAUAAGCGACAAUCAUCAAAAAUAUACAAAACUAGUUUCACAACGGAACCAACUAGAACAGUGGCAAAAACACCUAGAAUAAUCUAUUCAGAUUUUUAUGAAGCUUCAACAGUACCCCCAACAACUUCUUUAUCCCAAUUUUAUGCAGAAUCACAAAACAACUACAUAACUCAUCCCAUGAAUAUAACAACCCAACGUACACCAUUAACAAGUCAAAGUUAUCUAACCUCAAUCAGUUACAAGGUCAACAAGAAGAAGCCUUUGAUUGAGGAUGAAAUCGAAGUUCUUCCUACAAUAAGGGCGAAAUUGAGUAACUUACUCAAUAAUGAAAAACUACAAAUCUUCAGAGCGGAAUUACCGGAAAAUGAGGAAAAUGCGACAAAGAAGUCUGCUGAAAAAGAUGCUUUUGACAAUAUUGCUCUACAACUGGUCAAUCACGCUAGAGGUUUGGAACUAUUGGAUAAAAAACACGCGAUGGACAACAAGACUUCCUUACCUGAGAAGAAAAAUUCAAAAUAUAGAAGACGUACGUAUAAACCAAGGUCUAGAAAAAAUUAUUUGGCUAAAACAAAGGAUAAAAAAGAGCAAUGAAAUAACUUCAGUAUUUUUGUAUAUGUGAAUCCAAGUUUCGCUUGAAUUUUUUUCAUAUUGUGAUAGAGCAAUUUAUUUUUAUAGAAAUGAAACGUAUUUUUAAGUAUAAACUUAAGUUUUCAUUACUGUGAAUUACAUGGUGAGUAUGUAAAUAUGAGGAAUUAGAAUAUUACGAUUUUCGAAGCAAUUUUGAAUUUGAUACUGAUAGUUUACCUUUUUUUAUUAGUUUCUUCAGAAGUUUUAUUACUCACCAAGUAAAUUCUUCAUAUGGAUGAGAAGAAAAAUCGACUGAAAUUUUCUAAGAAAUGUGAAAUGAAUAGGUAUGGCAAUAAAUAUAUUAUUUUUAAAAAUUGAAUUGAUACCAUGCAUAGAAUGCAGAACCAUGCAGAGUAAAAAAUUCCUAAGGGAAUUCUUAUGGAAGAUAUUUUUGUGGAAUCAGUUCAGUGUUCAAUAUGAGUUGUAAAUAUGUUCAAUAAGCAUCUUUUUAUAGUAGGCUAAGAAAUAAUAUAUAAACAUAAUUAUUGUAUUCUGAGGAAAAUAAAAUUUCCA